CCACCAAGCGCCUCCUGGAGGAAAUACUAGUUUCGUCGAAGACAGCUUGCAACAUUUUCCUCUGAAUGAAAUGCACGUGCGUUUGAGGUUCGAGGAGCAACACUUUAGUUAGCAAGAUCUGGGUCAUUUACGGUUUCCCAUUAGCGGUGACUAAGCACGAAGACAAUGACACAGCCGACAGACUCUGUUCUACACAGCGGUUACUUUCACCCCACUCUCCGAUACUGGCAGACCUGUGCUUCAGACCUUAGACCAGAUAACCUCAUUUAUCCUGUCUUCAUUACUGACAGUCCUGAUGCAGUGGAACCAAUUGCAAGUCUACCUGGUCAAGCAAGAUAUGGUGUUAAUAAGAUAGAGGGUGUACUUCGUCCCCUUGUGGAUAAAGGCCUGAAGUGUGUGCUGAUUUUUGGAGUUCCUGCAAAAGUUGCGAAGGAUGAGAGAGGCUCUGGGGCAGACACAGAUGACACACCUGCAGUGCUGGCUGUGAAGAAACUGAGGAGCACAUUCCCUGAUCUUGUGUUGGCCUGUGAUGUGUGCCUUUGCCCCUACACCUCUCAUGGCCACUGUGGAAUCCUGCGUGAAGAUGGCAGCUUGGAUAAUGCUGCAAGCUGUUUGAGGUUGGCUGAAGUAGCUCUGGCUUAUGCUCGAGCAGGCUGCCAUAUUAUCGCUCCUUCAGAUAUGAUGGAUGGACGAAUUGCAGCCAUUAAGCAAGCACUAAUCGCCAAUGAUUUUGGCAACAAGGUGUCAGUGCUGAGCUACAGUGCUAAAUUUGCCUCUUGCUACUAUGGGCCAUUCAGAGAUGCUGCUCAAUCUAAACCUGCUUUUGGAGACAGACGAUGUUAUCAGCUUCCCCCGGGUGCCCGAGGACUAGCACUGCGGGCCUGUGACCGGGAUGUGAAAGAAGGUGCUGACAUGCUGAUGGUGAAACCUGGAUUACCAUACCUUGAUAUUGUGAGAGAGGUUAAGAAUAAGCACCCUACUCAUCCGCUGGCAGUGUACAAUGUAUCAGGCGAGUUUGCCAUGUUGUGGCAUGGAGCUGAAGCUGGAGCUUUUGACCUGCGCACUGCAGUUAUGGAGGCUAUGACUGCCUUCCGUCGAGCAGGAGCUGACAUCAUUAUCACCUACUACACUCCACAAUUGCUCACAUGGUUAACAGAGUAAUUGAGUAAUUGGAUAAAAGCAAAUGUACUGUCUCACCCUCAGAGUGAAAAUGGAAUUAGAAAUAAAUCUAAGCAAAUAUUACUACAAAAAUCAACAACUUUUUUUAUUUGAUUUAUAUAUUUAGUUAUAAACAUAUUCAAUCAGCUUUAGUUUUUCUAGUUCUUAAAUUUUGGCAAGCUUUAGGCUUUUUUUUUUAUUUUUUUUUUUUUUACAGAUGUUAAAUUGGUCUUUUAUUUCCUAAAUUUGUUUGAGUACAUCACAGAUUUGUUGUCAUUUUAAUGUGCAUCUAUAACACUGAAAAUAGACCUUAGGUUUGUAAUUACAGCUGUUUAGUUUUCAAAUUAAUGUACUAAUAAUCACAUUAACAUUGUAUGUUCUGUUGGCAUCUCCAUUUUAAGCUUUACAUGUAGUGCAUCUGCAAAAUAUUUAUCUGUUUAUAACCAAAAAGAUGGGAAUAAUGCUAGAGCCAUGGUAAACAUUAUUUGUUUAUUAUAGGUUCAUGUGGGAACAUUGUUUGUAUGUCUCUUAUUGACCACUCAGCUUUGUAUUAUGCUUUUUGUACUGAACAGGUUUCAGAAAUGCCCGUCCCCUUCAUAGAGUUUACAGGCAAUUCAUCAUUGAUGUCAGUAUAUGAAAAAUAUUGGAAAUAUGGAUUUAUAUCAAGCGUAAGUGUUAGUUCUGGCAGGUCACGUUAGUCAAGCUCGCAUCAGCUGACUCUCAGCUGAUCACCAUCU